CCAGCUCUGCUCUUCCGCUCUGCCACUGAUCAUCACGCUCCCACUCUGGAUUUCCAGUUCUUCAGUCAUAAGAUCAAACUGAGGCUGACUUCUAGACAAAGAACUGCAAAAGAUCUGGCAAGGCCGCUGGUGGCGUCACUGCCGAGUACCUGGUAUCGUGACCUACUUCUGGUGCCCUGCUGGGUGACAGCCUGCGCCCAUCUUCUCAUUUCCCCCAAGUUCCCAAGCAUGUUGGAAGUAGAAACACUCAGGAAGCCCCCCAAGAGACAUACACCUUCAGGAUCAGUGGGGCUGGAGCCGCCUGUGUGUGCUGACUCCUCCGUGACCAGACCCAGGAGCCCGGCUGCUCCCCUGGCUUCUCCUAGCUCCAAGUUUCACACCAGAGCUACCAAUACCUCUCACGGACUUGGCUGGGGUGCUGGGGGGCGCCUGCUGGAGACUGAGGUUAAACUAGAGUUUGUAGACAUAGAAGAGAGGACCGUCAGUGGUCACAGGAAAAUCAGAUCUUCUGUAUCCCCAAAGGGGAGUGAGAGGGAUCUGCCCCUACCAAGGAAGAGACCUUAUCCCCUCCCCAGUUCCUCGUCGGUCCCUUUACCUGGCCAAGUUUUCCUGGAGGAGCAGGAAGAAGGCACCCUGGGCCUCCGUGUCUACAGCGAGAAGAGAAAAGCCUGCUCCCUGGGGAGCCCUGAUCUUCACGCAGCUGCCUCCCAUACAAAGUGCCUGGCCAGCCCUGGGCGGAAUAAGCCAAAGGGAGACUCUGGCCUCUAUAGCCUCAAAUCUGUGCUUGGGCCGGAGCCCCCUGGGCAGCCUGAGAAGAAGGUGUCCAAACAGAAGGCACGUGGACAGAGAGAGGAGGGAGAGCUGACACUGAAGAAGUCGAGAGACCCAGUGCUCAGCUCUGGCCAGUCCCCCUUGACCCCAGCGCCGGUCCAGGCGGCCAGUCCGGACAGGUCCAAGGUGGGCCAGCCCAUUGAGAGCGAGAAGGUAAAGCAGGCUGACGUCCUCAUAGCCCAUCUGGCCAGGGAGGUGCGGCGCCUCAAGAAGUGGAAGAAGAGGCAUUUGCUUGCUGCUGUCGGGGAGACAUCAUCCCUGGUGAGCCUCCAGAAGCCGCCCUGCCUGAAGAAGCUGGUCAGGACUCUGAAGGCAGAGACCAAGGGCUGGGCCUUCCCCAGGCAUUCUUCCGGCGCUCUGGACGCCGUGGGUCCGAAGCCCGCGUCCGAUAUCAGACAGCUCUUUACCACUGACUGCAAGAACGUCUGCCCUGUCCCCUGCACUCUGUGUCAUGCCAGUGUCAGGCACGGCAAAUUGAAGGGGCAUUUCCAGGCCUCAGGCCUGGUCCACCACUUGGUGAGUAAGCAUGGGCUGGAGAGAGAGAGAAGGCCGACCGCAGCCAGCCCAGGGGAGAAGAGGGGAGGGACUGGGGACAAAAAGCACAAGGGCCUGCCCGCCAGCGCUGCUAGCCUUGCCCCCGAGGGGCUCCCCUCGCCAGGACGCUGCCCCGAUGCCUCCCCCGAGCAGCUGUUCCCGGCUCCACCACUCUUGCCCGCUUCCACCAAAGAUGAACCUGCCGCGCUCCCGCUGGCGGUCACGGAGGGCCAGGGUGGCGCCGCUGCCCCCUGCCCGCCCCGAGCGCAGGCCUGGAACCACGGCAUCACGGAGUUGCUCUGUGGCCUGGCGUUGCCGCUCUCCUUUGUUUCGUCCCUGCCUUUCAGAAGGUUUAUGGCCCAGGCCGACCCUUGCUACCGCGUGCCGCCUCCGGCCUUCUUCUCCGAUAAAGCCUUGCCUCUGCUCCGUGAAGCGGUCGGCGAGCAGGUGUGUCGGGAGAUGCAGUGGGCCGAGGGCAGCUGCGUCCACCUCACCAUGUCCGCUGCCGCCCAGGACGCAGAUGUGGACUAUGUGGCCGUCAGUGCCCACUGGGGAGCGAUACGGCCGGGCGGUCGGCUGGCGGCGGCGGAGAGCCCGAGGAAGCACGCCGUGCUCUGGGUUCGAGGCCUGCCCCGGGAGAGCACUGCAGAGGAGAGGCAGCGGGAGCUGCGGGAGCAGGUGAGCCUGUGGCUCAGCCGAAGCUCCCUGCGACCCGGCUUCCUGGUAUCGGGCAGCUGCCUCAGCCUGGAGCAGGCAGUGAGGACGGAGGGCUACACCCACCUCCCCUGCUUUGCCCACUGCCUCGACUCCCUGGUGACAAACUUCCUGCGUCACCAUCAGAGCGUCCAGAUCGUCCUGGGUACGGUCAGGGCCAUCUGCAGCCAUUUCCAAGGCUCUGCAGGGGCCCGGCGCCUCCUGACCCGGCUGCAGCGGCAGUGCGGCCUCCCGGCCCACCAGCCCUUUUGGGAGCUCUCAGACCACUGGGGGUCCGCCUACCGCUUGAUGGAGUGGCUGGUGGCGCAGCAGCGGCCGCUGCGGGAGUACGAGGCGAAGCACCAGCUGGGCAAGGCCGGCGCCGCCCUGUCGCCCGCGUUCUGGAGCCUGACGGACAGUCUGGUCACGCUCCUGCAGCCCUUCCAGACGGCGGUCCGGGAGGCGAGCGCCGCGCAGGCGUCCUUGAGCCAAGUGCUGCCGCAGCUCCGUUACCUGCACAUCCUCCUGGAGCAGGUGCAGCGGCACUUGGAGGAGCAGGGCGGUGCGGAGGUGGGUGCCGCCGUCCGGCUGGCCAAGGGCUUGGCCCUGCAGCUCGCCACAGACUGCCGGCUCAACGAGCUCUUCCACCGCAAGGAGUUCGUGCUGGCGACCCUGCUUGACCCCCGCUUCAAGGGCAAGAUCGAGGCCAUCCUGCCCACGGGGGCCGACAUCGACCACUGGAAGCAAGUUCUUGUGUACAAGGUGAAGGAGAUCAUGGUGUCCGAAUACUCCUUGCCUCCCUCCCCCUCCCCGCCUCCCUCCCCCUCCCCGCACGGCCCCAACAAGAGCAUGCAUGCGGGCGCCAGGAGCCUUGGGGCCGAGGGGAAGGGCCGGAAAGAGCCUGCACACAGAAGCAGCUCUGGGUCUCUGCUGCUCGGCCAGAAGGAGAGGAGCUUGCUGGAGCAGCUGGAAAGUGUGGGGCUGCUAGCGUCCAAGAGAAGCGGGGCCUCCCUGUCCACCGAGAGCCACCUGGCCAGCAUCAUCGUCAAGAAGUACCUGCGUGAGAAUGAGACAAUUGGCGCCCAGGAGGACCCGCUGGUUUACUGGGAGAAGAGGCAGGAGGUCUGGCCAGCUCUGGCAAGACUGGCCACUGUCUAUCUGUCCUGUCCCCCAACAGGGGCCUUCUCUGGAAGUGUCUGUGCCUCCCUGGACAGCCCUGCCUUUGUGCAGCCCAGUGCCCCUCUCCCAGUGGAGACCGUUGAGCGUCUCCUCUUCUUGAAGACCAACCUGGAGAAUUUCCCCAACUACAUCGCCCCUCCCCUCCUCUUCCCCCGUGGAGACCUGGCCGAGGGGGAGCAGACCAGCAAGGCGGACCUCCGUCUGACUCCCUGAAAGUCUGCCUGUGGGAACUGUGCCUGGGCUCAGGGGGGAGAGCAGAAUGUGCACUCUAGGGCGUUAGACGGGGAUGGCUGGAGUCCUAAACCUGUUUGGAAGGAAUAAGGACAGUUUCUCAAUUCUUGACAGGUUGCCUUUUCCCCCAGGGAGAUGGUGUUUUUCCAUCCACCCACUGCUUCAUUUAUUUCUAGCAGUUUGUGCAUAGGAAAGGUUAACUGUGUCCAGAAGUGACUGGGAAGUUGUACUGCACACUUCUCUAAGCUGCAGCGCCCUUUCGCAGUGUUGGUGGGUAGUAAGGGCCCGUGCAACUUGUCCGUGUACGUCUCGUGCCCUUAAGAGCUCUGCUUUCUCAAAAAGUGACGAGGGACAAGAAGAGGCAUGGGUGCUGGCAGGUGGGAAAUCUGCUCAACCAGCUAGGGCCUGCUAAGCUAUGGAAGCUUUUUGCCACAGUUGCUUUCACUGUAGAAGAAAGAAGCCCUGAAGUAGAGUAGCCGUGUUAAGAGGGAAGCGUAUGCACACACGCACGCACCAGUCUUCUUGGGGUCGGUACUUUCUCGUGGAUGCCAGAGUGGCCAGAGCACCCCAGCUGAUGGGACUGCCCAGCCGGUGAGGAGGUGUGAGUUGCGGACGGCCGAUGGACCCAGUCCUCAGAACGGCCCUCUUACCCAUGGUUUGUUUCCAGACUGCUGGAGACCCUGGGGUUUCUUCCUUUCUACAGUGAAAGCAGUCUCCGAAAGAGCUUCACGGCUAUCCAGGCUCUAGGUAGCUACAUGUAUAUCCCUCCUGCAGCGCCCACACCUCCCCUUUUCCCUGGUCACUUGCAAAGGGCAAAUCCUCUCCCUGGAAGCACAAAAGGAUGUGUAUCAGGCCCACUGGUGCCAGACUGCCCAGAGUGCCUUCAGGGCAGGGUCCAGAGCUGAGUGCGCAAGCCCCAGGAGCUGGUGGGAUCGGGUGAGGAAAGAGGGAAAGGGAGAGGCCGGAGGAUUAGGCGGCAGGCCUGUCACCCCGCGCACAACGCACACCUGGCUCUCCUGAGGUGCUUGGGUGCCGGAAGGGUGGGCUCUGAGAGGGAAGGCCGGUAGGCGGAGGUGGGGCGAGGCACUCGAGGUCUCACCUGGGCUUGGGCCCCGGCUGCGGGGGUGAGCCUGGGACGCCUGUCCCCUGACCUCCCUUGGAAGGGUUGGCAGUCAUGUGUCGCUACGAGUAAUUAACUGUCGGACAUGUGGAAGUUACUGAUGAUGUAAGGAAGCAGGAAAAAUUAGCCAUAAUCCUUGCACUCAGAUAGUCUUGUUAAUACUGGGGCAUACUUUGUUUUUUUAACCUUGGGAUUGUGCUCCCUGUCCUGUUGAGUAUGUUGUAUUUUCAUAAUUACCUCGUCUUCUUUCUUAAAUAAAGGUUUGUAAAGAUCAUA